AUAUAUAUAUUAAGCUAAUACUAAUGGCACAUCUAUAUCCACUAAUCUCCUACAAAUCACAACACAACCUCGUCUAACUAUAAUGGAUUUUGUUCUUAGCAACCUAAUAAACUCAACAACAAUUGCACUCCUUUAUUUCAUUAUUCCCCUAUGUUUGUUUCUAUUUGGAUUCUCAAAAUUUGUUCAUAGCAAAACCAAAGAGGCACCAAUAGCCGAAGGUGCAUGGCCAAUACUUGGUCACCUCUCACUUUUUAGUGGCACACAAUCACCCCAUAGGGUCUUAGGUACCUUAGCUGAUAAAUAUGGACCAUUAUUCACCAUCAAGCUUGGUUCUAAACGUGCUUUAAUUCUCAACAAUUGGGAAAUGGCCAAGGAAUGUUUUACUACACACGACAUGGUCGUUUCGUCUCGUCCCAAGCUUGUUGCAACGAAACACUUGGGCUAUAAUGGAGCAAUGUUUGGUUUUGGUCCGUAUGGUCCUUAUUGGCGCCAACUUCGCAAGAUUGUAACCCUAGAGGUCCUCACAAAUCGUCGAAUCGAACAACAACAACAUGUUCGUGUUUCUGAGGUUCGAGCAUCGAUUAAAGAGCUAUUUGACGUCUGGUCUACCAAAAAUAACGAGUCGUAUUCAUCAAACUACGUGUUAGUAGAGUUGGAUCAAUGGUUUACACAUUUAACAUUCAACAUGGUUCUUCGAAUGGUUGUUGGGAAAAGAUAUUUUGGUCUAAUAACUAGUUCGGAGGAAGACGAAUCUAAAAUAUGUGUGAAAGCUUUGAAGAAAUUGAUGCAUUUGUUUGGGGUAAUUACGGUGGGAGAUGUUAUUCCUUGCUUGAAUUUUUGUGAUUUUGGUGGUUAUGUGAAGGCCAUGAAAGAAACUUCCAAGGAGUUGGAUAAGAUUGUUGAUGAGUGGUUGAAAGAGCAUCGCCAUGAAAGGACUAAUUUGGUUGAAAAACUUGAUGAUCAAGGUAAUCAAGAUAUCAUGGAUGUGUUGCUUUCAUUGCUUGAUGGAACAACCAUCGAAGGGUUUGAUGGUGAUACCAUAAUCAAAGCCACGAUAUUGACACUGUUUGCUGGAGGAAGUGACACAACCAGUGUCACCCUUACAUGGGCACUAUGUUUGCUAUUGAACAAUCCUCUUGUAAUGGAAAAAGCAAAAGAAGAACUCGACGCUCAAAUUGGCAAAGAGAGAUGUGUAUGUGAGUCAGAUAUAAAUAAAUUGACAUACCUUCAAGCUAUAGUCAAAGAAACACUACGAUUAUAUCCACCCGCUCCUCUUUCAGGACCUCGUGAAUUCUCGGAGAAUUGUACUUUAGGAGGUUAUCAUGUUAUAAAGGGAACUCGAUUAAUCACAAAUCUUUGGAGGAUUAACACGGAUCCUAAUAUUUGGCCAGAUCCAUUAGAGUUCAAACCAGAAAGAUUUCUUACCACUCAUAAAGAUGUUGAUGUUAGGGGUAGUAAUUUUGUGCUAUUGCCAUUUGGAAGUGGUAGAAGGAUAUGCCCUGGAAUAUCACUUGGACUUCAAAUGCUGCAUUUCAUUCUAGCUAGUUUUUUGCAUUCCUUUGAUAUCUUAAAUCCAACCCCUGAACUUGUUGAUAUGAGUGAAUCCUUUGGAUUAACAAACACUAAAGCUACUCCUCUUAAGAUUCUCAUUAAACCACAUUUGUCUAUCAAUUGUUAUGAAAUCAUGUGAUUUUGUUAGACAAUAUGUUAUAGAAUUAUUAGUUUUAGUGUUUGUUUUAAGGAGUUAUAAUGUUUUGUUCGAAUAUUAUAACAUAAUUUGAUCAA